CCUAUUCCUACACGUAGCCCUGGUUGAUAAGGGAAAAUGUAUCGUCUCGGCCAACAGUUUUUCAUCAAGAUCGCGUUCAAUUCAUUUUUGUCCACCGUGCCACGGGAAGAUUUUCAUUUUAUGAGACAAUAUAAUAAAGGCUGGUCGUGUAUUGGCUGAUUUUGGACAACCUUUUUGUAUUGAUCUACAAAGGAAAUGCCAAGGUCCAAGAAGAGGAAUAGCCGGGGGGGGCAGCAGAGUGGUGCGCAUCCCUUCAGCGAUGAGGAUGCCUCCAUCGAGACCCUCAGCCACUGCAGCAGUUUCAGUGACCACAACAGUGGAGCUGAUGAAGGGGGCGAGACUGCUGAGGAUGCUGCCCAGGAAGACUUCCAGUACAAGCUGAAGGGCUUUAUCGACAGCACGGUCGAUAAGAGUGCGAAGACCAGACAGGGUGCUCUGGACGGCCUGAGGACCGCCAUGGCGACCCGCAUCCUGUACGAGUUCAUCUCGGAGAGGAGGAUGACCAUCACGGACAGCAUCGAGCGCUGUCUCAAGAAAGGUAAGGGUGAGGAGCAGAGUGCGGCGGCCUCCCUGGCCUGCCUGCUGUGCAUCCAGCUGGGCUCGGGCAUCGAAAGCGAGGAGGUGCUGAAGACCCUGAAGCCCCUCUUCAUGAGCAUCCUGGCGGACACGUCGGCCAACGUCCAGGCCAGACAGGCGGUCGCCAAAACGUUGGGCCUGUGUACUCUGGUGGCUGAAGACGACAUCUUGGACGUGCACGCCACCAUGGAGAGCUUCGAGCGCCUGUUCGUCCACUCGUACGCCCGCGGCGACGGCACCCGCCCGGCCAUCGGCCCCCAGGUCAGCGCUCUGCACACCAACGCCCUGCUGUCCUGGGCCCUGCUGCUGACCAUCUGCACCGCCAGCCAGAUCCGCGAGGUCCUGCGCAAGCAUCUGCCCAGGCUGCCCUCGUUGCUGGAGAGCGAGCACGUGAGCAUGCGCAUCGCGGCGGGAGAGACCAUCUCGCUGCUGUUUGAGCUGGCCCGCGACAUGGACGCGGAGUUUGAGUUUGAGGACGGCGAGGUCCUGUGUGACAAGCUGAGCGCGCUGGCGACCGACUGCAACAAGCACCGCACCAAGGUGGACAAACGCAAGCAGCGCUCCGUGUUCAGGGAUGUUCUGCGGGCCGUUGAGGAGGGGGACUUCCAGUCGGAGAGCAUCCGCUUCGGGACGGAGCGCAUGACCGUCGACAGCUGGAGCAGGAAGCGCAUGUACGACGCCUUCCGGGAGUUUGUGGGCGCCGGGAUGAACUACCACCUGCAGGCCAACGAGUUCAUCCGAGACGUGUUUGAACUGGGGCCCCCUAUGCUGGUCGACUCGGCCACGCUGAAGGCCAUGAAGAUCUCACGCUUCGAACGGCAUCUGUACAACUCUGCUGCGUUCAAGGCCCGGACCAAAGCCAGGAACAAGUUCAGAGAUAAGAGGGUAGACGUCGGUGAAUUCUAGUUUAAUGUUGGGUGUUCUUUCCUAAUAAUGGUUUUGGGAUCCCUCUCAAACUAUCUGUCUGUUUUUCACUUGCAUUUCCAUCUAUUCCAGACUAUCAAAUAGCAAGGCUAUUUAUUGAUCCAUACUUCUGGUCAUCGGUGCUGUGUGUGUAUAUAAUAACUACUUUCCUCUUUAUAUUUGUUUUCUUUUGAACGUGUGUUAACCUGUGGUCUUGUACCGUGUAACGCUCCUAAAUUAAUUUCCUUUCCGUAGAUUUGGGACCUAAUAACAUAAAAUGUGUCUUGGUAAGGGGAGAGGAAGCACCUUGCUAACUAUUGUAUACAAACAAUGAAGUAAUGUGUCACGCUAAAGUAGCAUGAAUAAACAUGAACUGGUAAAUCCGUUAA